AUGUCUGAAGAUCCACGAUCUUCUGCAUCAUUUUUAGAUAAUGUACCCUCACCUCCCACCAAUGCUCAAGAACCAACCUUUAAAUUCAUAGUUGAUGAGUUAUUUGUCAAAUUAGAUGGAGCUAACAAUCGACAAAAUUUAGGCAAUUUCUCUAAUGUUUCAGAAAAGAAAAUAUUUAUCAUUGAAUCAUUUAUUAAUAGUUUCAAAACUCAUAUAGGACUUGACAUUUUUCCUGCAUCAAAACUAAUAUUCCCAGAUAAAUCAGGUCGAUUAUAUUUCAUAAAGGAUGUCUCCUUAGCCAGAUUAAUUAUUAAGAUGUAUAACAUCCCUAAAGAAUCAGAAGAUUAUCAGGUUCUUUUCCAUUGGAAACAUGCUUUUCAAACGACUAAAAGGUUUACCGCUGAUGUGAAUAACCUUCGUGAUUUACCUCUAAGAGUUUCAAGAAUAAUUUCUAAUAGAAGAGAAGGAACGUUUCAACAACGUAAUGAUCAUGCAUUUACUGUGGCAGAAAUCAAUGCUAAGUUAGAUAUUCUCAAUGAUGAUGCCAAAAAGUCUCAGGAACAGAUAGACGUCUUGAAGCCAGUCCUUGAUAAUUUAUCCAUUCCUGAAGUAAGAUGGUUACUUCAUAUAUUAUUAAAGAAGUCAAUCCUUGUACGAUUCGAAAAUGUUUUCAUGGAUGUUUGGCAUCCCGACGCGUCAAGUUUAUUCCGAGUAUGCAAUAGUUUACAAAAGACUUUCAAUUUGCUUAUAGAUUCUCAAUUCCGAUUAUCACCCCAACAGCUCACUCUUCAACCUAUGUAUAAAUUUCGGCCUCAACUUUCAUUUAAACUUUUGAAGGAUUACAAGCAUUUAAUCAAUGAUAUGGCUAUUACUAUCCCUAUGGACGAAAAAUUGCAACUGCAAUUUGAGGCUAUGAAUCUCAAAAAGGGAAGUUUCUACAUUGAGGAGAAAAUGGAUGGUGAUAGAAUGGUUCUCCAUAAAAAAGGAAAAUUUUUCAAAUUUUACUCUAGAAGACUUAAGGAUUAUUCAUUUCUUUAUGGAGAAAAUUAUGAGUUUGGGUCAUUGACUAAAUAUUUACAUGAUUGCUUUCCAGCCAAAGUAGAUAGUAUAAUCCUUGAUGGUGAAAUGGUGGCAUGGGAUUUCAAGAGAAAUGUCAUUUUGCCAUUCGGGACCUUAAAAUCAAGUGCUAUUCAAGAAUCUGUGCGUCAAUAUACCACCAUUGAUCAAUAUGAACAGCAAUCAUCAUAUCCUUUCUUCCUUGUAUUUGAUAUUUUACAUAUUAAUGGAGUGAAUCUAACCAAUCAUCCUCUAUUUUUUAGGAAAAAUAUCUUAAAACAAAUUAUUAAUCCUGUGCCUAAUCGAUUGGAAGUCUUACCUUUUCAAAUCGGUAGUACAACAGAUGAUAUUAAGCAAGCGAUAAAAGAAGUUAUCAGUGUUCGGAGUGAAGGUGUUAUGGUUAAACAUGUACAAUCAAAGUAUUUUGCAGGUGAAAGAAACCCUCAUUGGAUUAAGAUUAAGCCUGAAUAUUUAGAGAAAUUCGGAGAGAAUUUAGACUUGACAAUCAUUGGAAAAAUACCUGGAGUAAAGAAUGCAUAUAUGUGUGGAUUAAAGAAUACUGAAGAUCAAGCUUUCUAUUCGUUCUGUACAGUCGGUAAUGGAUUUACUAACGUUGAAUAUGAUAAGAUUGAAAGAAUCACUCAUGGGAAAUGGGUUCCCUAUACUAGUAAACUGUUACCUCCUGAAUCUGUACUUAAAUUUGGAACGAAGAAACCUAUUGAAUGGAUUCACCCUCGAGAUUCUCUUGUGUUAGAAAUCAAAGCAAGAGCUAUUGAUAAUACUUCUGAACUGACUUAUGCUGCAGGUUCUACUCUUCAUAACUUAUUCUGUCGUAGUAUAAGAGAAGAUAAGACAAUUCAUGAUUGUUCUACACUUGAAGAAUAUCAAAAGAUUAAAGCCCAUUACACAAAGGAUACUGAAAAAUCUCAGUAUGCUAAUAGGAAAAAAAGACUUCAGAAAGACUCAUUUGAGUUCAAUAAACCCAAACAAGUGAAAGUCGAAUCAAAUCUCUUUUCUCAUUUUAAUUUCAUUAUUGCUAGUGAUAAAGUGAGUUCAAAUGGGGAUAGAAUAACACGAGAUGAACUAAUUACUGUUGUUAAGAAAUAUGGAGGUACAAUUGUUCAGGGAGUAGAUAAAUUAGCAACUAAAGAUCUUAUCAUUAUUACAGAAAAGGACUUGCCUAGUUGUAAAUCAUAUUUCGAAAAAGGAUUGGACUUGAUUCGUCCCAAUUGGAUUUUUGAAUGUAUAAACCGGGGAAUGAUUGUUCCACUUGAGCCCAUGUUUGUCUUUCAAACAUCCAACAGUGCCAUAUACAGUGAUAAGCAGGAUCAAUAUGGGGAUAGUUUUGUCAUUCAUACAAAAUCUAUUAGUGAUUUGGAUUCCAAAUUAUUUAAAAAACUCAAUGAUGAUGAGAUGUUAGUAUAUAGAUAUGAUCUCAAGCAGGACUUGAGUGAAUUGGGAUUGGAAUCACCCAAAUGGUAUUUAUUUGAAGGGAUUAAUUACUAUUUUGUAAACAGUGACUACGAUGCAAUGUUAAAGGACAGAAUUGAGAGAUAUGGUGGAACUGUUGUUGAUGAUUUCUUGAACUGCUCAUUCAUAGUUACCACAUCAACCAAUGAAAGAGCUGAGACUUUGACUAAAGUCAAUGCCAUAACUAAACAAAUAAGUGAAAAUGUUGAGUUUCAGGAUGAUAAGUUGAUAACAAGAAUCCCCAGUGUAGUUACAGAACAAUUUAUUACGGAGUGCAUAAAGCAUAACACACUAGUAGAUGCUGAUGACUAUAAAUUUGUUUAA